UUGUUGUUUGGUUGGUUGUGUCGUGUAUUUUGAGUUUUUAUCGAUGGCUACGGCGGCGACUCUUUCCCUGAAACCGCCGGUGAGCUUCUUUUACGGCGGGAACCAACGCGACGGAGGAAGGAGGGUCACCGUCGCACGAGUUUCUCGAGGCGAAAAGUUUCAUGAGAGUAUAGUUCGCCUCUCUGCUUCGACUGUGCUGUUCCUCGGUUUAAGCAGUCUUCGCGUCUGUUCUCCGGCCUCAGCUCGGUUACUACCUCCGCCGAUUGUGGCUACGGAGAAUGAAAUCAGUACAGAAACUGUAGCUGGUGAAGAGAAUCACGAAGUUGAAGAUGAGAAGUUGGAAGCAGACUUCGAAGCUUACAAAGCUAAAGUGUAUUCUCUGAGUGUGCCGUUAAAACUCGUUGCCUUGCGUGGCUCAGUGCCACCAUCAUGGAUUAAGGAAUUUAUGAGCUCACAAGGGAAGAGAGUGAGGUUAAAGACUCGGUUCUUAGCAAAUCUUGAAGAGAUUUUCUUUGAUCUAUCUAAGCCUAGUAAAAAGGGGAAAAAGGGUUCUGCUUCAACUGCAGCAGCUGAUAUGAUUAGUAUUGGUGAUUCUUGGCUUAGUUAUGCUAUUAAGGAAAAGCUGAUUGAGCCAAUGAAAGGGAUAGAAGAUCAAGACUGGUAUAAAGGCUUGAGUGAUAGAUGGAAGGUUUAUCUCCGCAGGAACUAUGCGGGAGAAAAAGCUCCUGACGGUGAAAUGUGGGCGGUACCAUAUCGCUGGGGGACCAUUGUAAUAGCAUACAAAAAGAGCAAAUUUCAGAAUUACAAAUUGGCUCCGAUAGAGGACUGGGAUGAUCUGUGGCGACCCGAGCUUGCAGGGAGGAUCGCAAUGGUAAAUUGUCCUAGAGAGGUUAUUGGUGCUGUUCUCAAAUACAUGGGAGCAUCAUACAACACGACAGACCUGGAUUCACAAGUUGCUGGAGGAAGAAUCGCCGUGGAAAAUAAUCUAGCAUCACUUAUGAAACAGAUUAGACUGUUUGACAGUAACAACUAUUUAAAAGCUUUCAAUGUCGGAGAUGUCUGGGUCACUGUUGGGUGGAGCAGCGAUAUUAUCCCUGUCGCAAAACGUAUGUCUAAUGUUACAGUGAUUGUUCCCAAGUCCGGGGCCACCUUAUGGGCUGAUCUAUGGGCAAUCCCGGCUGUUUCUGACUCUGGUAAAGAAGCAGAAAAGAUAGGAGGACGAGUCCGAGGCCCAUCUCCAAUAAUCCACCAGUGGAUAGAAUUCUGCUUGCAACCCACAAGAUCAUUACCCUUCACACGGGAAGUGAUUCCUGGUGCAUCUCCUUCAGCCCUUGAGGGUACACUGGUUAAAGAACCCAAAGAAGCAAAGAAAGACAGAUCAAAACUGGACACAAACCUCAUCUCAGGUGUUCCUCCUCCAGAGAUUUUGUCUAAGUGUGAGUUCUUGGAACCUUUACCAGAGGCUACGCUAUUGGAAUACCAUCUUUUGGUUGAUACUGUAAAAAAGCAAAGCCAAAGACCUAGCCUUGUGGAGAAACUACAGGACAUUGUUUCGAUUCGAGUUCCAGGUUUUAGGAAAAAGCUCGACUCCGAGAUGAAGAAAAAUAUUUGAGUGACUGACAAAAGGUGGAAAUAGAAUUAUUUGUAUUAUUAAAUAGAGCAACUUCAAGAUGGAAACGAAGUGCAAGUUUAACAAAACACGAGUCUUCUCUUUCUCUCUCAGUCUCUCCUUGUAACAAAACAAAGUAUCAUGUCAUGAGGAGCGGAGAGUGAUUGCAUUUUGUUGGACAUGGGCUAUGCCCAAUACGCCACUCGGCCCAACAAAACAAGCUAAUUAAGAUUUCGGCCCGACGAAAUUAGAUGCAAGUCAUUAAUAAUUCGUAAAGGGGCACUCUCGGGAAUUCACGAUGGAAACCCUAGAAAACCCUCGGUCAACAGUCGCCUAUAAAAGGAAGCAUCACUUAUUAGGAUCACCAUCCUCACCCGAGGACAAGAGACAGAGAGCAAUACUUUGCGUGAAAACCGUUAUUGUCUUCUGUAUAAUUCCUUCUAGCUUCUGAGCUCGUCAUUAUUGGCUUGUUAGUUCUCCUGUGAACUGACGAGCUCAAUCUUGAUUCUUGUUAGUGACGACCUCACGAUUUUAUCGUUAA